AUGACCGAACUCGAAAACCAGAUUAUCGAACUUGUCCAAAAUAUUGUCAAUAAUAUAGGAAACAAAUAUACUGAUAACAAAAUAUAUUUUUGGACAUCUAAAGAUCUUUUUAAUGGAGAAUAUGUCAACUUGACGAAAUUUUGUGAAUACGAUCAAGUGAAUAGAACGAUAUUUGCUUUAUGGGCACUUCAAAAUCCGAACGUCAUUAAAUAUGACAUAGUAUACGCGCAAUCGGCAUCAGACAGUAAAUUGGUCAUGGUCUUUUAUACGGACGCAUCGGGGGGCUUUUAUUUUGAUUCGACACAGGAUCGAUUGGAAAAAUUCGAGUCUAAUACGAAAUUUCCAAGCGUUGGGAAUAGUAAAGAACUUGGGAAAAUAUAUUCUCAUUCAGCGCCCGAAGUAAACACUUAUUAUUAG